UCACGGAACAAUUUGUAAGCAGCUUGUUUCCUAACGGACACACCCAGCGGUGAGUCCUUUCAGAUGCAGACUCGCUGUUGAAGGGGCUCUACGUUAGAACUAUAGGUUAUAACCAGUCUAUGGUUAUAACCCACUCCCCCUCAUCACUCGUUGGUUUGGAACAGCACUUAAUGUUGCGAGAACACGCAAACGGAGGGGUAGUGUGUAGGUGGCGGUUUGGAAUUGGGCAAAAAUCCAUGGAGUGAAGAAUGCUAGCAGAAGUUUAGCUUAGCGCGCUAGCUCCACAUAGACGGUGACGGAACUUGACUACACAGCGUUCAUUGCAGAGACCAAUCUGUAUUAUUUGUCAGGGGAAAACCGUCAAAACACCUAUCUGAAUGGAGUUUGCGGUGUUUAUGGCUUAAGAAACGUCUGGAAUAUCUCCCCCACGAAGCUAAGGAUGUUAGCUUUCUAGCUCGAGACGGACGAGAACGUAGCCUAGCAAACACAGCUUUCACUGGAGGAAAGGUUGCUGUGAUUUGAUAGAAACAUGUCUAAAGUUGAAACACUGAGAGCUUUUGUCAACGAGCGGCUCACUGCAGCUGCUGAGGAGAUAUUCGAGCUGUUUGAGAGGACGAUAGCAGAGGAACUGGAGUCAACUUUAAAGGAGAAUCAGCGACAACAGAAGCUACUGGACGCCAUUUUGAACCCAGAAGUCCGGCUAUACAGAACAGAUACCCAGCAGGAGGAGUGUAGCCUCAGUGUUGUAGAGGAGGACCCAGAGCCCCCCCACAUUAAAGAGGAAGAGGAUGAACUCUGGUCCAGUCUGCAGAUAGACCAGGAAGUGGCUGAUACUUACCUCCCUUUCACUUCUGUGAAGAGUGAAGAAGAGGAUGAAGAGAAGGCUCAGUCCUCCUCACCGCUUCAUGAAAUCAAGACUGAGAAUAACCAAGAGGUAGAGAAAACAGAAACUGAUGAAGAGGAGUGUGAAGGAUCAGAUCCAUAUGAUCCUUUACAACCAGCUACUCAAUACACAAGUUCACACUCUGAGUACGAGACUGACGACAGUAGAAAUUGGGAGAAACCCGAUUUAAACCCUCUGCAAGACAAUGAAGUACCCGGAAGUGGCAUUGAGGGGGAUGAUGGGUGUGCGAGAAGCUUUGUGCAUGAGGGGAAUCUGCAGAAACACACUGGAGAGACACUUUAUAGUUGCACCUUCUGUGAUUUCACAUCUGCGAAAAGGUCAGGUUUGACCAAACACCUCAAAGUUCACAGUGAAGCAAAACCUCAAAGCUGCUCAGUUUGUCAACAAACAUUUAAAAGGAGAGGUGAGUUGGUGUCGCACAUGAGAAUCCACUCAGGGGAGAAACCAUUCAGUUGUCCUGUUUGUGGGAAAGGUUUCGCAUUCAAGUCUAUUCUGAAUAGACACUAUACUGUCCACACAGGGGAGAGACGAGUCAGCUGCUCAGUUUGUAGUAAAACAUUUGCAACAGUAGGCAAUCUGAGAACACACCUGAUCCUCCACACAGGGGAGAAACCAUUCAAGUGUAAGGUUUGUGGAAAAAGAUUCGCCGACGGGUCGAAUCUGAAAAAACACUCAACUGCUCACGAUGGAGAGAAACCAUUCAGUUGCGCAGUUUGUGAUAAAAGUUUCACAUACAAGUCAAUUCUGAAUAAACACGUCCACCUCCACACAGGGGAGAAAGAAUUCAGCUGUUCACUUUGUAGUAAAACAUUCGCAACACGUGGCAAUCUGACACAACACUCAACUGUCCACUCCGGGGAGAAACCGUUCAGUUGUACGCUUUGCAGUAAAUCCUUCACCCACAAAUCAAGUCUGAGAAAACACUUGAUUGUCCACACGGGGGAGAAACCAUUCAGUUGUUCACUUUGUGGAAAACACUUUGCACAAAUGACAAAUCUGACACAACACUCAAUUGUCCACUCCGGCCAGAAACCAUUCAGUUGUACGGUUUGUGGUAAAGGCUUCACCCACAGUUCCAAUCUGAGACAACAUGCAACUGUCCACACCGAGGAGAAACCAUACAGCUGCUCAGUUUGCAAGACAGGUUUCACUCGGGUGUUCAAUUUAAAUAAACACAAGUGUGCUGGUGAGAGAAGCAAAAUAGAGUGAAGUUGCAGAGAUGUUUUUCACGUUUUAUUUUGCUGCAGAUAUGUUUAAUAGAGUGGUGCAGUGUAGAGUCCUAAAACCCUGAAAUGAAUUAGCAUUUUACCACUUCGUCUCAGAGCCAAUGGGUUUUUUGAACAUGUUUUUGGAAUAUAGCUGGAAAUAAGGUCUGUGGUUGAGACACAUUGAAGAGACGGAUCACGUUUUGUUCUACGACAUUAAAUCAUCAGCAGUGACCCCACUGGUGAUUUCUGAAGAGUUGACGUGUCU